GAUGUUAUUAUCAAGAUCAAUGACGCUCAAUUUCAUUGCCAUCGCUUCGUGCUAGCAUCGUUUAGCUCUUACUUUCAAGCAAUGUUCGUAAAUGAAAUGGCAGAAUCUCAGCAAAAUAUCAUCGAGUUAAAAGAACUGAACGAGGAUGUUUUCGCUGACAUUAUUCACUAUUUUUAUGGAGUAGAUUUGAAGAUCACUGAGAAAAAUGUUCAGAUAUUGGCAAUAACUGCAUCCAUGCUUAAUAUUAUGGAUGUCGUUGACAAAUGUUACUCAUUUUAA